ACAGCUAAACCGAAUCUGGAGUUCCGGAAGUUGCCAGCUGGAGUGUUUUGUUGGUGUAUGGUCCCGCAUCUCUGGAGGAACAGGAUCAGCUGAAUUUAUUUGUUAAAUUAUUCUGCCACCUAAACAGAACAAAUGCUGUCUUGGUUCAAGAUUUCUGCUGCUCCUAGUGUCAACUUUCCUACCUGGCUAAAGUUUAUCUUUGCAAACAACCAAUCAGCAGAUUUCACAAAUAUCAGUGUUAAGCUUAGUUUAGGCACAAGGCGUCCAGAAGAAUUUCCAGUUUCUGCAGAAUCUGUUUGCUUACAGGCAAAUUAAGCCAAAUCAAGGCAUGGAGAAAACUUACCACUGUUCUGACUGUGGGAAAAGUUACACUAAAAAAAGUCAUCUGAAAAUACACCAGCGCAAUCACACUGGAGAGAAACCAUAUCAAUGUUCAGACUGUGGGACUACUUUUAAUCAACUGAGUCAUCUUAAAACACACCAGCGCAUUCACACUGGAGAGAAACCGUAUCACUGCUCAGACUGUGGGAAGAAUUUUAAUCAACUGAGUAUUUUCAAAAUACAUCAGCGACUUCAUACAGGGGAGAAACCUUAUUGCUGCUCAGAGUGUGGGAAGAAUUUUAAACAACAGACUCAUCUCAAAAUACACCAGCGCAUUCACACAGGAGAGAGACCGUAUCACUGCUCGGACUGUGAGAAGAGUUUUAAUCGUCUGGGUGAUCUGAAACAACACCAGCUCAUUCACACUGGAGAGAAACCGUAUUACUGCUCAGCUUGUGGAAAGAAUUUUAACGACCUGAGUAAUCUCAAAAAACAUCAGCUCAUUCACACAGGAGAGAAACCGUAUCUCUGCUCAGAGUGUGGAAAUAAUUUUACUAAACUAAGUAAUCUCAAACGACACCAGCUCAUUCACACAGGAGAGAAACCGCAUCACUGCUCAGAGUGUGGAAAGAAUUUUAAAGAACUGAGUACUCUCAAAAUCCACCAGCGCAUUCACACUGGAGAGAAACCGUAUCUCUGCUCAGACUGUGGGAAGAGUUUUAAUCAACCGAAUCAUCUUAAAACUCACCAGCGCAUUCACACUGAAGAGAAAUCCUAUCACUGCUCAGACUGUGAGAAUAGCUUCAGCCAUUUAUAUCCAUUAAAAAACACAGGUGCUGAGGUACAAUUGGACCAUUUGUGCAAAGCUGUCUGUUGAUAUUCAUUCAUUGCAGGGUGUCUAUGAAUUAGUAAUGUACAGUUUUCUUCCAGAAGUUUUUUUUAAUAUUGGCGUAACCUGUGUUCUCUUCUACAGUGAAUUUAAGAAUGACGAAUUCUCUAAUGAGGAUAAUGAUAGUUUAUUAUUAAAGCUUUUAGAACUAUUAUAAAAAGACUUUCAGAAUGCAUAUUAUAUAGAAAGUUUACAAAUGCAAUAUUCCCCAGUGAGUACUAGUGCUAGACUAUAGAUUCCUUUCACUUUAAGCAAAGUGUCAUGCUUUAUUCUCUCAAUAAUUGAUUGUUUUACAAAUAAACAUCUAAUGGUAAUACGAUCUUUAAUAAAUAACCCCUUUAGCUGUCUAAUGUUUAUCUCACACUUCAUGAUAAUCAGGCUGAUUUUGAGACCCUUUUGCUCUUUCUAACAAAAAAAGUCUCCUGAUUUUAUUUUCCCAAAUGAUCCUGUGGUGGGUGGAGUCUAUAGUCCAAUCUUUACUUUUCCAGUUUUCUCCUAGAAGCAGAACUGUCGCCCGAUCAAGAAACAUAAAUAUUAAACAUAUAUUAUACAGUAUUAUACGAGUUAUACAGAGUGUAUAUAGGGUAUAUGUUUGUAUUCACUUCUAUUCUCACAUUACAGUAUGUUUAAGACUUAUUCAAGUAAGAUGGAGUAGUGGGGGGUUUGAUAUCUUAACAACGAAUAAAAUAAAAAUAUCUGUGAAAAAUGUCUUUA